GUUCUGCUCAGCCGUCAGCCAUCGCUCACUGACGCUCUCCCCUACCAACACACCCACACACACACACACACACACACACACACACACCGAGCGCGAGAGAGCAGCCAUUAGCACGAGGACGGGCAGAGCCUCUCCAUCACAGAUGCUUCGGUCCUCAUCUCGGGAAUGCCUCUCCUGUUCCUCCUCCCUCCGUCCUCCUCGUCCGCUUCAUCCCUGCAGCGCUUCAUCAGACCGAGAGAUGCCGAGCGGAGGAGCGGCGUGAUACAUGGCUGCCAGCACUGCCAGUAAUUCCACCCGGAGCAGUCCCGCUUGCUCUCCGGUGCUGAGGAAGCGCUGUCGCUCGCCCACUGUGCCCAGUCUGGAGGGAGAGAACAUGGUGGAGAAGGGCUCCGAGAGCACCGACACCUCCAAGUCACCCUCCACCCCGGAGCAGCUGGUCGCCCGAACGUACUCGUCUCAGUCCACGCGGAGCAGCUCCAAAAACUCCAAGAAAAGCCAGAGCUGGUACAACGUUCUCAGUCCCACCUACAAGCAGAGAAAUGAAGACUUCAGGAAGCUUUUCAAACAGCUGCCGGACACCGAGCGCCUCAUCGUGGAUUAUUCGUGCGCUCUGCAGAGGGACAUCCUCCUGCAGGGCCGACUCUACCUUUCCGAGAACUGGAUCUGUUUCUAUAGCAACAUCUUCCGCUGGGAGACUCUGCUGACGGUGCGUCUGAAGGACAUCUGCUUCAUGACGAAAGAGAAGACGGCGCGUCUCAUCCCCAACGCCAUCCAGGUGUGCACGGAUACCGAGAAGCACUUUUUCACCUCGUUCGGGGCGAGGGACAGGACGUACAUGAUGACGUUCCGUCUCUGGCAGAAUGCCCUGCUGGAUAAGCCUCUGUGUCCUAAGGAGCUGUGGCACUUCGUCCAUCAGUGCUACGGCAACGAGCUCGGACUGACCAGUGAUGAUGAGGACUACGUGCCCCCUGAUGAUGACCUCAACACCAUGGGGUACUCUGAGGAGAUUCCAGUAGAAGACAAUGACGUGAAUGAUAACACGUCUAAGAGCAGCGGAGACAAUAAGCAGGACGGAAGCCCACCAUCACAGAAGAGAUCCAUCACACACUCCACCACUCCACCCAGCAGCACCGACAUGCCCAUGUCUGUUAGUACUUUCGAUAUCUCUCCUGAGGAGUACACGGACUGCCUGCCGGACCCGGAGCUCUUAGCACUGCCCCUACUGUCCGAGGAGAGGAACUGCGAGUCCACCGCGGGGCAGAUAGGCCCCGUUCCCUUGGCCUCGCUCGACUUCAACGAUAACGAAGACAUUCCCACCGAACUCAGCGAUUCAUCCGACACACACGACGACGAAGUGGAGGUGCAGGCGUUCCACGACGACCUGAACGGGCGCCAGUACAUCAACGAGGUGUAUAAGUUCGGCGUGGACACCAUGUACGCGUUCCUCUUCACCGAGUCACAGUUCAUGACUGACUUCAUGGAGCAGAGAAGAUUCACAGACGUGGUGUUUCACCCGUGGAAGAAAGGCGACGCCGGGAACCAGAGGAGAGAGAUCAUGUACACCAUCUCGCUGUCCAACCCUCUCGCUCCCAAAACCGCCACCGUCUGUGAGACUCAGACUCUGUACAAGGCCAGCCAGGAGAACGAGUGCUACAUCAUCGACGCGGAGGUGGUCACGCGCGACGUUCCGUAUCACGACUACUUCUACACGCUGAACCGCUACGCGCUGACACGCGUGGCCAAGAACAAGUGCCGCCUCAGGGUCUCGACAGAGCUGCGCUACAGGAAGCAGCCGUGGGGACUGGUGAAGGGGUUCAUCGAGAAAAACUUCUGGAGUGGACUGGACGAGAACUUCAGGAGCCUGGAGCUUGAGCUGGCCAAAGCGGAAGACCUGCUGCUAGAAGCGCACAGGCCGUCUCCCAAAGCCAAAGCGCUGAAGAGCGCCACCCUGAGGAGGAGAAAAAGAACCCUCCCGCACCUGCGCACGCCACAUCCGGAGGAGACGCUCAGCCCCGUGACCACGCCCACCGACGAGGAGGUCGUUCACAGAAUCAAACACGUAGCAGGCUCCACCCAAACGAGACACACCCCUGAACACGCUCCAGGCUUUGGGGCCUUCUGCAGCGUCUCCAGAUUGCUGCUCGUCGUCAGUCUUGUUCUGGUGCUCCUGGUGUUCCUGAACAUGAUGCUCUUCUAUAAGCUGUGGAUGCUGGAGGACUCCGCCCAGAGCCUGAUGACCUGGCAGGGACUGCGCUUAGACGAGAGCAAAUUCCCACAGUCACAGGUGGAAUGGGCUCAGCUUCUGGAAUCUCAACAGCGCUUCCAUGAGGCCGAGCUGCAGAAAUGGAGAGAGAUCAUCAAAUCGUCAGUGCUGCUGCUGGACCAGAUGAAGGACUCUCUGCUGGGUCUCCAGAGAGGCGUGAGUUUAAGAGACUGCAGCUCGGACUCAGACGAGAAGCCGACCCAUUACGGCUGAGAAACCCGGUGUGGAGUGUUUGUAAGUGUGUCGGAGAACAUGCACACCAGACCCGAGGCGUGGACGUAACCUGUCACUAUGCACUCCUGUUAGGUUGAGGAUAGAGGAGAAGGAGGCAGAGAAAUCGAGGGAGAUCAGUAUCUGCAGGACAGUCGUGGUCUGGACGUCAUGGAUGGAACGAGUUCUCCAUCACCUCACCCCUUUUUUCUCUGCCCUCCUCCUCGUUCUGAAGCAGUUACUGCCACAGCAGAGACGCCACGGCGCUGGACUGAGGGGAUGGAAAGGAUGGGAUUAUUUUUAUAGUUUCUUUUUAAUCCUCUCAGUGUGACUGGCAUGUCAUUUUACUGUAAGGGCGCAUUCACGUGAGAAGCGGCAAAACCGUGGCUCCUCCAAUGAGACAAACUGUUUGAUACGAGGACAAUGUGACUUAUUGUAGUAAAACAGCCAGUGAGGAAUUUGAUUGGCGAAGAGAAGUUUAGUGCUCCUGUCUCCUUCUUUUACUACAUUAAACCACGUUAAGCUUCAUUUUCAACCAGAAGCGUUUUAGACUCUGGGAGAAGCCGAUUCUGAUUCUCACCGUUUCUCAGAAGCUGGAGCUGUAACACAAGUUUAAAAGUGAAACAGGGAGGAGAAUCCAGAUAAACACAGAUACACGUGGAGCUGUAACACCGGAUCUGAGGGUUAAACGCUUCUCAUGUGAAUGCGCCCUAAGGCUGCAGCAUCACUUUGCUCAUCAUAAAACCAGACCAGGGAUCUGACACGUAUGUGGAGGGUUCGUAAAUCAGCGUAUAUUAAAAAUAAUGAACUAUCUAUAAGGAACUAUACAAAUCUAUAGUCUUAAGUUCCUGUCCUCUGCCUGUGUCCCAAAAAAUCUCUGUAAUAAAUACAAUAUAUGUAUCUGGAUAUAUGUAUAUGUACCGAAAGUAUCUGAACACAUGACCCUAACCUUGCAGGGACGUUUCGGAAAUGCAUCAGAAACAAGAAUCGGUGGUUUUGUUUAUUCUUUAUACUUUUAUUUAACUAACAAAAGUGCACACAAGUGAUUUUAAGACUUUCAUGGCUGAAACACCUUUAGUUACAAACUAGGAGUGGUGUCCGCAAUCUUUUGACCAUAUAGUGCACAUAGUGUGGCAUCUGCAUGGUCGUUCUAUAGGCCAGUUGGGCGUCAACUACAAGGGGCGUGGGAAGGUGGCCGAAUUAGCCCAGCCAUCGGGAGGCGCAUUUGUCGGUGCGCUCUCAGUUGUAGCCUAACGUUUAAAGCUUAACGUUACUGGACUAGUAAUCGAAAGGUUGCCGGUUCAAGCCCCACUUCACUGUUGGGCCCUCGAGCAAGGCCCUUAACCCUCAACAUACUGUCACACUACUGUAAGUCGCUUUGGAUAAAAGCGUCCGCUAAAUGCUGAAAAUGUAAAUGUAAACGCUGGAGGGUUGCAUCAGGACGGGCAUCCAGGGUAAAAACUGUGCCAAGUCUGGUAUGCUGAGCACAACCCCUAAAUACAGUCUUUUAUUGUGGCCGGCGGUUGCUCAGUGGUUGAGGUGCUGGACUAGUGAUCAGAAGGUUGCUGGGUCAAGCCCAACGACCUCCUGGUUGGCACUUCUGAGCCACCUUAACCCUGAAUUCUUUGCAUUGUAUUCAGCCACGGUUGUAAAUCGUUUCGGAUAAAAGCAUCCACUGAAUGCCAUAAAGACAGAGCUCAUGACCUGCCAUUACUGUUUUUUAUUUAUUUAUUUAUUUAUUUAAUUGGUUACAGAUAAAAAGUCGCUUUCAGGUUAAUUGAUCAUAGAUUAAAAAAUGUCGUUUUGCAGAGCUCCACUGCAAUAUGACACAAACGUACAGAAUGAGGUGUGUUGUGCGGUAAAACAGAAGGAUUCGUGACGACUGAGAGAUGCUGCAGCCUGCCGUUAAAGGAAACCUGUAUUUUUAUUACAGUGUUCGGUUACUAAACUGUGAUUAAUCCCUCGAGGAAGGUGGAUCAGUGGGGUGGACGUGGAUGAAACGUGACAUAUGUGAAUAUAGAGUAUAUAUUUAAUUUAUCUAUUGGAGGAUCUUAUGGAAUCUAUAGAGAGUAUGAAGAGUUUUUAUCUAUUGUACAGCGUUUACUUCAGUGUUGCACGUUCACGCGUCUGUGACGUUUGUGUACGUGUGUGUGUGUGUGUGUGUGUGUGUUACCGUUCUUAGUAACGUGAAUGUGCUAGUACAAAGGGGCCGGCGUCCAGCGUGUGUGAGGAUACGAACCGUUCCACAGUCUCUGGUGUAUUAAGCCAAGCUGCCUUUCUUUUACCCAGAGAUCCGUAAUCCGCCAUGAAAGAGCUGGACAUCGUAAACCCGAGCCGCCGUCCUGGCUCGGCCGAGUCCCCGAACACCGUACAGGGUGCUGGGAAAUCGAUUUAUCAUCGUAUGAUUAUCGUUGAAACACGCUGUCGUUAUUAUGUGCGCUCCCGAAGCACUGAACGAAGGUCUGUGUUUCUUUUCAUGUCUUUGUGUCUUUAAUGAAGUAAAAUAUUGCACACGGUAGUAGGGAACAUACUAGGCCUAAACCAAAUAUAGUAUUAAAUUAAAUAGAAAUAUUGCAUUAUAGAUGUCUAUGAUUGAAAUUAACGUUUAUUAGCAGGCACAAUUUAGUGUGUGUUCCAGUACUGAUUUAACACCACCGACAGUGGAAACCACACUGUUUGCACAUCUGUUGUGCCUCUCACCUGCAUGUUUGCAUGUUCUCCCCAUGUCUGUGUGGGUUUCCGCCGGGUGUUCCGGUUUACUCCCACACGUGUGUAUGUGUGUGUGUGUGUUUGUCUGCCCUGUGAUGGACUGGCGACCCGUCCCGGGUGUGACUGUCACCCUAUAAAUCAGACCCAAGGACUGAAUCAUUAAUCAAUAACUCUGUUUAUUUAGAAUUUCUACACAGUCACCUUCCGAUGCAUUUUAAUGCCGCCAGCAAAAAGUGUUCUUGGUUGAGCUCGUAACCACUGAUGCGCCGCUGCUUUCACGUCAUCAUCACAUAAAAUCCUUCUUCCCCUUAAAGCUUCUUUGAGCGUCCAGAAAGGUGGAAAUCAGAUGGAGCUAAAUCUGGACAAUAAGCGUCUCUCAGACACAACCGAUUCCUCCUCCUCCUACUACACCCUCUCCGCUUAUAACCAAAAUAUAAAAGUGAGGAAACUGGGUCCAGUAUGCAGUAUGAACCGAGUGUAGUAUGCAGUAUAUACUGGAUGAAGUAUGCAGUAUUUACUAAGUGCAGUAUGCAGUAUGUACCGAGUGCAGUAUGUAGUAUAUACUGGGUGCAGUAUGAACUGUGUGCAGUAUUCAGUAUGUAUACUGAGUGCAGUAUACAGUAUAUUCUGUGUGUAGUAUACACUAUAUACGGGAUGUAGUAUACUGUAUAUACUAGGUGCAGUAUGUACUCGGUGUAGUAUGUACUCGGUGUAGUAUGUACUGAGUGCAGUAUACAGUAUAUUCUGUGUGUAGUAUACACUAUAUACGGGAUGUAGUAUACUGUAUAUACUGGGUGCAGUAUGUACUCGGUGUAGUAUGUACUGAGUGCAGUAUACAGUAUAUUCUGUGUGUAGUAUACACUAUAUACGGGAUGUAGUAUACUGUAUAUACUAGGUGCAGUAUGUACUCGGUGUAGUAUGUACUCGGUGUAGUAUGUACUGGGUGCAGUAUACAGUAUAUUCUGUGUGUAGUAUACACUAUAUACGGGAUGUAGUAUACUGUAUAUACUAGGUGCAGUAUGUACUCGGUGUAGUAUGUACUCGGUGUAGUAUGUACUGAGUGCAGUAUACAGUAUAUUCUGUGUGUAGUAUACACUAUAUACGGGAUGUAGUAUACUGUAUAUACUAGGUGCAGUAUGUACUCGGUGUAGUAUGUACUGGGUGCAGUAUUCAGUAUAUUCUGUGUGUAGUAUACCCUAUGUGUACUGGAUGUAGUAUACUGUAUAUACUAGGUGAAGUAUACAGUAUAUACUGUGUGUGGUAUGCAGUAUAUAACUUUUUGAAGAUCCCUCAUAAUAUUUUAAGAAUAUUUUCCCUCAUCCUCAUUUGGUCUGUUUUUGUUUCCUCUGUGCGCUCAGGUUUCCUCCCACCUAUAAAAAAAGCACACAGAAGGAUGGAUUGGAUGUUCUACAUUGCUUUUAGAUGCUCGAGUGUGAGUGAAUUAGUGUGUGUGUGUGUGUGUGUGCUGGUGUGUGUUAAGACAGUUUUGGAACACAGUACUGAAGCACGUGUCGAGUGAAGGGACGAAACAAAGCACCUUACGUACCGUCAUCAGAAACAGGAGAGAUUCUGAGACACGUUUUUGUUUUAUUUAUUUAGGAUUUAUUCAUGAGUUACCAGGUUUAAAUUUAAAUAAAUUGUAUUAAAAUGAAUAAAUCAAGGAAUUUAAAACUGCUGUGCAGAAACGGUCCAAUUGCUACGACGGCGGAUUAUGACCACUGUAAAAAAAAUAUUAUUAAGUUUUGAUUUUGAGAGUAAAGUCAAAAUGAAUCGCGGUGGCAACAGUGCAAGCAAAGAGUCCCGGGCAUCUCUCUCCCCUGCCGCUUCUACCAGCUUCUCUGGUGGGAUCCCCAGGCGUUCCCUCCUCCCAGUUGGCCUCCUAGUCGAAAUGAUUAUGAGAAUGAAGUUGAAAUAUUAUGGACAGAGUGUGCAGCCGGCGUAGGCUGGUCAGUUCAGAGAAGCUCGGGUCUCAGUACCUGGAUCGGCCUCUACUGCGCGUUACUGUGGUUAUCCAGUAACCCGUGAUUAUUUUUGGGUGGUUGUUUGUAUUGUACGCUUCCAUCCACAUGACACGACGACUAAACCCGUCAACGCAACCGUUAAUAGGGAUGCUGUACGGCUUUAGAUUAUCGUAUGAGUCUGUUGGGGCCUUGGUUAAAGUACCGGCGGCGACGCAGACGCCGAGCGCACUGGUGGCGCACGUUCUUCUAAAUAAUCACAGUUUAUUGCAAAGUCGUUUCAGCGUCCUUAUACUAAUAACAAACUGGUGCUGAUGUGCAGGAGAUUUAGGACUUCUUUAUUUGUGAAACCAAUACGAUAUUAAGAUAACUUCACCACAUCAUGAACAUCCCUCAUGUUAACACCGUUAUGGAGGUCGUUAUGGCCCGUAAUAUUUCAACUUUAAUCUCCAAAUCAUUUCAAAAUCACUUUAUCAUCAAAACUGAAACUUAAACGACUUUAUUCUCGAAAUUUCAAAACUUAAAAAUGUAUAUUUUUUACAGUAAUAAUACGCCAUCGUACACCGAGCAGGCAUAACAUUCUGAGCACUGACAGGUGAAGUGAAUAACACUGAUUAUCUCUUCAUCACGGCACCUGUUAGUGGGGGGGAUAUAUCAGGCAGCAAGUGAACAUUUCAUCCUCACGAGGAUCUGAGCGAGUCUGACGAGGGCCAGACGACCGGGUCAGAGCAUCUCCAAAACUGCAGCUCUUGUGGGGUGUGUCCCGGUCUGCAGUGGUCAGUAUCUAUCAAAAGUGGUCCAAGGAGGGAACAGUGGUAAACCGGCGACAGGGUCAUGGGUGUCCAAGGCUCACUGAAGGCUGGCCCGUGUGGUCCGAACCACAGACGAGCUCCUGUAGCUCAAACUGCUGAAGAAGUUCAUGCUGGUUCUGAUAGAAAGGUAGACAGGGCAGCACAGUUUGUUGUGUAUGGGGCAGCAAAAGGCGGACCAACACAAUAUUAGGAAGGUGGUCAUAAUGUUAUGCCUGAUCAGUGUAAAUUGCAAAUAUUUUCUGAUAACACGAUUUAUCAGCUGACGUUUUCUUUUCUUUUUUCGUUUAAAUGAGUUUGGAGUGUUUCUGUUAUUUCUUUUUUUGCUGUUGUUUGAUUUUUUAACUCGAGAUGCUGUGUAGAACAGUCAUCCAUGCUUGGAACUGGUGUUACUGGUCUGAUUUGACUUGAACGUUGACUGACUGCUGCCUGUGUGUACAGAAGAGUGAUAGAAGUCUGGCGUUUCUGUGUGUCCGACUGCUGUGCUUUUGUUCAUUUGAUGUAAAACUCACGAUCAUUAUCAACGUUGUGGAUGAAAUUCUUUUCCUAACCAGGUUUGACGAGUUUAUUUGUAUGUUACGUGUGCUUGUGUUUCAUACAUGCUGUUCUUGGUUAUAUGGUUUUAAUAGAAUUGUGUAUGUAUUGUGAUUUUUUGUUUUCAUUUUAUGGACCAUUUAUUUAUUCGACACUCCUCUGAUUUUAUCAUGAGGUUUGACCACGAAUGCACAAUUUUAUUUAGCAAUAUUCAGCCAGUAAAGGUCAAAUCAUUCCACUCAACAAAAACUACUGACAUUCUAAAUCUACUGUGGUAUUUUCCAUUUUAAUGUUUACUUUCUUUUUCUUAUAUUCUGUUCACUUCUGCUUGUGUGUUUGACUAAAUUUCUGAACUAAAUGAUUUUAACAAUGCUUUUUACUGUAUCAAACACUGCCGAGCAAAACAUGGACCAAACCCAAAAUCCCUUUUAAUGGUCCUCACAACAAAUCACUGGUUGAAUGAUUCUGGCUGUGUUUCAGAUAGCUCACUACAUACUACCUGCAUGCUAAUGUGGCUCCAAAUCAUUACGCAGUAUUUGACCAAUAUGAUUGCAAAGAGAGCUAUCUUUGUCGGGCACUGCACCCCAUCAUGCGACCAUGCGGCCAUGCCAUUAAUAAAGUUGGGCAGAACCUUGUUUCAGUGUGUUCUGUAGUAUGGUUUGCUUACUCAAUACUGUAUUGUAUGUACUGAGUGCAGUAUACACUAUGUACUGGAUGUACUAUGCUUUAUAUACUGGGUGCCGUAUGCAGGACAAACUGGGUACAGUAUACAGUAUAUACUAAGUGCAGUAUACUGUAUAUGCUGGGUGCAGUAUGUAGGAUACAGUAUAUACUAGGUGCAGUAUACAGUAUAUACUGGGCAGAGUAUACAGUAUGUACUGAGUGCUGUAUGCAGUAUUUAUUGGGUGCAGUAUGCAGUACAUACUUGGUGCAGUAUGCAGUAUAUACUGAGUGUAGUAUACAGUAUGUACUGGGUGCUGUGUACAGUAUAUACUGAGUGCUGUAUGCAGUAUGUACUGGGUGCAGUAUGCAGUACAUACUUGGUGCAGUAUGCAGUAUAUACUGAGUGUAGUAUACAGUAUGUACUGGGUGCUGUGUACAGUAUAUACUGAGUGUAGUAUACAGUAUGUACUGGGUGCUGUGUACAGUAUAUACUGAGUGCUGUAUGCAGUAUGCACUGGGUGCAGUAUGCAGUACAUACUUGGUGCAGUAUGCAGUAUAUACUGUGUGCGGUAGACAGUAUGUACUGGGUGCAGUACACAGUAUGUACUGAGUGCCAUAUACAGUAUACAGUAUAAACUGUGUGCGGUAUGCAGUAUGUCCUGGGUGCAGUAUACAGUAUAUACUAAGUGCAGUAUACUGUAUAUGCUGGGUGCAGUAUGUAGGAUACAGUAUAUACUAGGUGCAGUAUACAGUAUAUACUGGGCAGAGUAUACAGUAUGUACUGAGUGCUGUAUGCAGUAUGUACUGGGUGCAGUAUACAGCAUAUACUCAGUGCAGUAUGCAGUACAUACUUGGUGCAGUAUGCAGUAUAUACUGUGUGCGGUAGACAGUAUGUACUGGGUGCAGUACACAGUAUGUACUGAGUGCCAUAUACAGUAUACAGUAUAAACUGUGUGCGGUAUGCAGUAUGUACUGGGUGCAGUGUGUAGUGGGUGAUUACUAACACAGCCUCUUAUAGAUCUGUAAAUGUCAUGUAAAAACACGUGUCCAUGUAAACUCAACCUCUUGAUAUCACUGCCUGAUGCAUGAUUGACAGUUUGUUGUCAUAGCAACCGCAUCCGAACUCCAAAUGAAUGAAUUUCCUUCACUAGACGUGAGAACUUUUUGAGCAUCCCAUGUUUUAAUCCUUGUAGCAAGCAAAGCAUUUUAAUGCAUAUUUCUCUUUUCUUUGUUUUCCUUUAGUACUGUAUUGAUCUUUAGAACAAACUGAUAGAUUACUUAUAGAUUAUAUAUAAAUGAUUAAAUAUGCACUGUAUGUACAGUAUAUGUAGUGUAUAUCUGCAGUGUACACUGACCCCGAGAGCGAGUCUGCGCUGUGCGCCGGUCUCCGUUCUGCCCAGAUAAACUUUACCUGAUAGAGACGAGUGGCUUUUUUGAUCUCUGUGAUUUAAAACGGUUGAAUAAAACAACACAUGAGAAAUAA